CCCCACCUCUAACCUAGCCGAAAAUAAUCCCGACAUAAAAAAAACUCGAGUAACCCCUGACCGAGAAACUCGAGUAUUCCCGACACCUCAAGUGAACCCUGAUCGAGAAACUCGGGUAACCCUAUUGCACAGUUUACCAUAUUUUCAUUUAUUAUAUAUUUAUCUGUUUUUAUUUUUAACAAACUUGAAAAAAACUUAAAAUCGUAUUCCAUUCACAAGAAUCCCAACAAAAUCAAACCCUAGUGUCGAAAAGCCAUUGCUGCAGAAAUCAGAGUCGGGUGAUUGUUUAAGUUAUGGAUGUCAAUUACGAGAUUACUGAACCAUUGAAGAAGAAGAAGCAUAAGAAGAAGAAGGUUCCAAUGCAGUUGAAGGCGAUUCUUCGGGAGUUUAUGCAGUCCAAGGAGGAUGAGAUUCUCCGAGAGUGUAUGCGCUCAAGCAAACAGAUUCUUCGCAAGUUGUUGCACUCCAAGAAGAAGGAGAUUCUUCGGGAGUUUAUGCACUUACACAAGAAGGAGAUUCUUCUGCAGUCCAAGAAAAAACAGAUUCCCAAGUCGAACAAGGAUGAAUUUCCUCCAGAAUUAGAGGUAUUGAAAGAUAUGAACAUAGCUGAUAGAGAGGAAUUGAGGGAAUACUUCUUUCCUGGUAAUCCUAUGAAACCCUGGGAUGAGCUCAUAUUAUCCCAGAUUUUUGAUGAUUUAGAUUUGCCUCUUCAUCAAGAAUAUGAUCCUGUUAGAGAUGUUACUGAAAAAUUGCAAAAAUUUAUUUAUGAUCAAUGUCGUAAUGCUAAUUAUAAAUUUAAAUGCGACAUCAUAAUCGGGGAGUUGAUUGAAUCCCUGUUGUUUUCUCGCCCAAACGAUUACCAUGUUAGUAGAGUUUAAAAUUUAGCCUCAAUAUUUAUUACCAUUAGUUAUUUUUCCCUAUAUUUGGAAACACCUUUAAUUUUCAAUGGUAAUGCAUGGUUAUUUAAUAACCAUUUAUUUUCUUUCUUUAUGUUUCUUAAUUAU